GCUUUUGACUGAGAUAACUAGUCAAUCCAUAGCAGCUAAUAUUAAAGCUGCACUUUCUCGUUUCAUUACGUGUUUUUGGCUGUUUCUUUCUUUUUUUUUUUUUCUGCGACGCCAGAUUAUCUCGAGCAAGGGUACCAAUGCUGCUUCGUAUCCAUGACUUGCUAGUGAAGAAUGACGUGUUGCUCACUAAAUCCGGUAGCUUUUGGUCGUGUAUUUUAAGUUUGUGCAGGCCAACCACGCGUGGAGAUGGGAGGUCAUGACGACGGUGAUGCUUGCGAUGCUUAUUUUCCUUUAUGUUGCUCCGCCCCCAUCACUUGGAUGCGAAGUCGCUCUCUGCUUCGUCUUCUUAUCCUUCUUCGUACCACUCGUAUCUGCGCAACCCAGACAUGAAGUGUAUGAUUACCUACCAGGUACCAUACAUAGAAUGUACUACAUACGUAGUAUGUACGGCAGCGCACCGAUGCGGAUUGAUAAGCGACGUGCGCAGCAACGGAGUUUCCGUGGGCAUUUCUGCGCAAAAGACCCAACAAAGCCGUUGCGGUCCCCUUUAAACCCGGGUGCCUCUUUUUUAACUACGGAGGUCGGCCGAGACUACCAAAUAGGCAAAUGGGCAAGUUUGCUCUUCUUGGCAUUUUUUUUUUUUUUAUGGGUGAUUCGCCGUCCGGCGUUUAUCUUCGGUGCCGUAUCGGCGAUGGUUGAAAAUAGGCGGCAUCCCGAUCUCCAGUUCGAUCGGAUGAAGCUGCCGUGCGGUCAGUGUCGGCAGGCCUUUAGGAGAAGGAGAUGUGGAUUCCAGCAUGUAAUAGAAAUUUCCGUAUCCCGUGCCCUGUUGUGUUGUGUUGUGUUGAGGCUGAAUUCCCUUCUUCUUCUUUGGUUGCCUGCGAUCUUGGUCCUUUUUUUUUAUUUAUUUAUUUGGAUGGAGGCCCUACGCCCGGUCAUUUGACUUACAAAAGAACAUCAUCGAGCUCUUUCGCGGAUUGGAUCAAUACUUUGGUGUCGCGUGCUCUUUUUUGGGGGGGCCUUCUUUUUUCUGUUUGGUAUACUUGAACAGUAUACCAGUAUUGCUUCACAUUUGCGACCCGAGCUUUGCGUUGCGGUGG